AUGGUGGAGGUGGGAGCGCACCUUCCACGCUUGGAAGUUGCGCACCUGACUUUCCCAUCUCAUCUUGACCAACCAUCAACCUUUCAACUUUUAUCUUCAGCUAACCGUGCAGACAUGGCAUUCGUCAAAUCAAUUAAGUCAGACUCUCUCGGCAUCAUGGAUCAUCGAGUUACGAUGACGGACCCAUCUACGGAUGGCUUAUUUUCACCCUUUAGGCCAUUAUCAUUCACCGACUUUGAUCGAACCGACGAAAAGAAACCAGCCAGGCAGGCAGAGAAUGGCUUACCACCUUUCCUUGCACCAUCGCCAUUCACUGGGUUUGAUCGAACCGACGGAAAACAGCCAGGCAGCCAGACAAAAGUAGACGCAAGCCCGAAGCAAGCUCACCGAAUCUUCGGACUUCGCAACUCAUUCCGUGGUUUCGAUUCCAGCGGCCAAUGUCCUCGACUUGAGUUGGAUGUCGAUGUGGAUAAGUACCACACUCUUGAUGGCCUCACUGAGCCCUUAAAUCCCCAAAACACGCCAAAUAGCGAAAGAGAUAGCACGGAGGAAUCCACCGAGUCCCUUCGUUGCUAUAAAAUGGAGAACCUACGGAGGAGUUCUGCACCUCAGAUGGGGGAGUUUAAUCUCGAUUGCUUCCAAGAUUCGCCGGAAGAAAGCUUUUAUCGUUUUCAAGACGAUGAAAACGAAUCCCUCAAAUCCUCAAAGUUACGACGCCUUUCCGUUGGCCACCGACAGUGGUACAAGCCUCCUGUUGCUGCCCUGGCGAAUCAUCAGCCAGGCGUAAAUACCAGUAACUUCGAAAAAGCUGCCAAGCCAGGUUCACUCCUGCGAAACGUUCGGUUUUCUCCUCUUGCGGGCUCACUAUCUCCGCCUUCUCGCGCGAUAGACCGUCCCCUACCUUCGAUUGAAAGAAGGCAGGAUUAUGUUGCUUCGCAUCGACAGAGCAAACAAUACCGGAAAUGGAAGCUCACUCGUCACGCGAAUUCUCAAAAAUGGUCUCCAUGCAGCAUCGCUCCAAAAACAACACGUUGUCUGGCAGCCCGCAUCCCAAAGAACCGUGAUAGAUAUCCCUCGUCCAGUUCCAGCUUGCCAUCUCGUGAAACACGUCAAACGGCAAUUUUCACUCGUAUUGGCUCGAGUGGUGAUACCCAGGAAGUGAAAGCCCGCAAUGUAGUCGACACUUCUGUUGGAGAUGACUUGACAGUUGCGGAUAACACCGAGAAGAACGUCCCUGCAUUUCUUGCUGUUUCAUUUUCGCUUUACACGAACCGACCUGAGCCCAGUUCAUCCACCGAGAAACCACCAAAAUUCGUUUUGAAAUUUCGAGUCACUCAACCUGAUCUCCCUCAACAACCCUCUCCGCAUUUUCCUACCGAAUUCGAGGACACGACUUGCCACCCGGCUAUCGAUGACUUGAUAUCCCACACUUGCUUUAUCAUUCCUACGCCAGCUGUACUGAUACCUCUCCGUGUCAUUUUCGCUGUGACACACCCAUUGGCCAACACCAACGCCGGCGCUGUACUGCUCUACCUUGCUAGAGCUUUACUGUACCUACUGGGGAACAUUGUCCUUCUUGUGCUGUUGAAAUGUGGAGUUUCUUGCGGCUGCCAGUGGACUCCAGACACUCACUCGAAUUGA